GGCGGGCCCUGGGCCGCAGUCCCUGAGCGGCGGGCGCGGCCCCGGGCGGCGGCGGUGUCGGUAACAUGGCGGAGAGCGACUGGGACACGGUGACGGUGCUGCGCAAGAAGGGCCCCAGCGCCGCCCAGGCCAAGUCCAAGCAGGCGAUCCUGGCGGCCCAGCGCCGCGGCGAGGACGUGGAGACCUCCAAGAAGUGGGCAGCAGGCCAAAACAAACAACACUUCAUUACAAAGAACACGGCCAAGCUCGACCGGGAGACAGAAGAGCUGCACCAUGACCGGGUUCCGCUGGAGGUGGGCAAAGUGAUCCAGCAGGGCCGGCAGAGCAAGGGCAUGACACAGAAGGACUUGGCCACGAAAAUCAACGAGAAACCCCAGGUUAUCGCUGACUACGAGUCGGGCAGAGCCAUCCCCAACAACCAGGUGAUGGGCAAGAUCGAGAGAGCCAUUGGCCUUAAACUGCGUGGGAAGGACAUUGGGAAGCCGCUGGAGACCGGCCCCAAAGGGAAGUGACACCAAAGCCUCGAAAUCAGUUUGUCCCGACUGAUCUCGCCCGGCGGCUCCUGGCCGGCCCCGCUCCUGUCCCACCCUGCUGACCCACAGGGGCUUCAGCCUUGCUUUUGGGGAGGGGGAUCUGCCCACUCUGUACCUGCUGUAAAAAGGCAUCCCUUAAAGAAGCCAUUUUCCUCA